AAGGCGAUUGUCAUAUGAUAGCUAAGAAGUGGCACAUUAAUGAAGCGCCGCUACAGGGGUCUUUUCUGCUCCUGUCACCGCUUAAAACUAUCAGAUGGUUCGAGGGAGGACAUGGAGGCAGCCACCUAGCUCGGCGGAGCCUCGGAGCCCACAGCAGCGCCCUCCGGAGCCCCGAGGCCGCCGCUGCCAUCGUCCGCGCCGGGACUCGGCAGCGGAUCUCGGUAGCCCGCAGGAUACAGGGCCAGGAGCGCCGCGGACAGGGCGGCGCAGGACGUUGAGCCCGGGUUCCCCGGGAGACCAACCAAGCCCGGACGCUGCGCACCGGCUGCCAGCCGGAAGGGACCAGGUCAGCGGCGCCUACAUCCUGGAUGUGGACGCGCAACUUGGAGCAACUUUAAGAUCCGAGCAUUCCGCCGGCCCGCGCGGACCCAGGGCAAGAAGAGGGCGACCAAGAAGAUGCCUCGGCCGGGCCGCAACACGUACAGCGACCAGAAGCCGCCCUACUCGUACAUCUCGCUGACCGCCAUGGCCAUCCAGAGCUCGCCCGAGAAGAUGCUGCCGCUGAGCGAGAUCUACAAGUUCAUCAUGGACCGCUUCCCCUACUACAGGGAGAACACGCAGCGCUGGCAGAACAGCCUGCGCCACAACCUGUCCUUCAACGACUGCUUCAUCAAGAUCCCGCGGCGGCCCGACCAGCCCGGCAAGGGCAGCUUCUGGGCGCUGCACCCCAGCUGCGGGGACAUGUUUGAGAACGGCAGCUUUCUGCGGCGCCGCAAGCGCUUCAAGGUGCUUAAGUCUGACCACCUGGCGCCCAGCAAGCCCACCGACGCGGCGCAGUACCUGCAGCAGCAGGCCAAGCUGCGGCUCAGCGCGCUCGCGGCCUCGGGCACACACCUGCCGCAGAUGCCCGCCGCCGCCUACAACCUGGGCGGCGUGGCGCAGCCCUCAGGCUUCAAGCACCCCUUCGCCAUAGAGAACAUAAUCGCGCGGGAAUACAAGAUGCCUGGGGGGCUCGCCUUCUCCGCGAUGCAGCCGGUGCCCGCCGCCUACCCGCUCCCUAACCAGUUGACUACUAUGGGCAGCUCUCUGGGCACCGGCUGGCCGCACGUGUAUGGCUCUGCGGGCAUGAUCGACUCGGCCACCCCCAUCUCCAUGGCGAGUGGCGACUACAGCGCCUAUGGCAUGCCGCUGAAACCGCUGUGCCACGCAGCUGGCCAGACGCUACCUGCCAUCCCCGUGCCCAUUAAGCCCACGCCGGCCGCGGUGCCCGCGCUGCCCGCGCUGCCCGCGCCCAUCCCCACCUUGCUCUCGAACUCGCCGCCCUCGCUCAGCCCUACGUCCUCGCAAACAGCCACCAGCCAAAGCAGCCCCGCUACCCCCAGCGAAACGCUUACCAGCCCGGCCUCCGCCUUGCACUCGGUGGCGGUGCACUGACCCGCAGAAGCCGGCGCCUCCUCCCCUUUCCCUCCCCACCACUGCACCCGUCUUCCCGGGAUCCCACCAACCCUGCCCUCCCGGACCUGGGACUGCGGUCCUAACUUGUCCAUUUCACCUUCCGCUAACCCUCACUCCCCCGAGAGAACUUUGUUUUGGACCUAGGAGACAAAACUCCAACUCGCAGACUGGCCGACAGGCGCGUGGAAGUUGUCCUCGCCCCGGCGACAAGGGAAGGCAGGGGCCACCUAAGCUAAGCCGCCCCCCUCCCUGGGGCCCCCAAAACCGCUCGCGUUUAACUGGUGGGGAAAAUCCUGCCGCCCGCUUUCGCCGAGAAAAGCGCCUCUUCCCACCGCGUGCAUCGACGGAGCUCCAAACUCGGCCACAGUUUCGAGAUUAGAGAAACUGCCUCAGAGGUUUCCUGGAACAGAUCCCCCCCGAGGGCUGCAGCAGCACAGCGGAGGGCCUGAUCUCUUAACGUCCUGGAAAACUGCAGCGAAAAGGAACCACUAAUCUUCCUACCUGGCUCGCCUCCGCCCAUCCGGCUGGGGCCCAGCGGACAGCAGUUUCCCCGAGUGGCGGCCCAGCCUCCCAGCUUUCUGCGCAGAUUUUUUUGUUUUGGGUUCUGUUUCCUGCGGAGGCUCCAGGAACUGAAAGUUAGGGGAGAGGCUGCCAAACUGAGGAGGGGACGACUGUGCUCUACACAAGCAAAACAAAACUAAAAGUAACCUUGUAUUGUUUACAAAGCGCCUGGUAAAAUGUAAACAGUGAACUUGAAUCUGUCUUGCUAGGCAGAGGAGCGGGCAAAGCCCAUUUUAUAAGUACCUGUUGUAAUGUGAAUGUUUACUUUUCAUUUCUGGCCAGGUUUAGGAGAGGGAAAGGGAAAUGGGAAAGUUAAUUGGGAUGUUAACUUUCCACUUACUUAGAGACCUUUUUAGCUAUUUAUUUUAUUGUUGCAAAAAAGAGAGAGAAAAUGAAGUAAGCCCAAACCACGAAAAUGUCAAGGGCAACCCUGGAAGAACUUAGACAAGCUGGUAACUUGAAGGGAUGUCACUGGAUAGCUCUCCCAUGGACAAGUCUUUCUGUUUGCUACAAGAACUUUUCCAAGAAGCUAAAGGGCUGCAAAGAGAUGUAAAUACUUGUGAAUAGGAAUGAUUAUACACUGUGCAAAACGCACUUUUGUUUGCUAUAUUCCUUUAGAGUCUUAGGUAAUUUGCUGGAAAACGAACUGUUGUUCCGGUGUGACCUGCUUAAGUUAAAAAAAAAAAAAAGUUGUAGUGUCAUCAGAGCUGUAAAAUUUUUACCUUUCAUUUUUCUCCCUCCCUGUACAGAAUUAGCAUGGCAUUUUAAAUAUUGAUGCUCUUGUUCCCAGCAUGCCUGUUUUAAGACAAAGGAUUUUAAAAAGGUGUCUACCUUAAAUUAUGACCUAGUCCAAAUAAUAUUUUCUCAUUAAAAUAUGUAAAUUCAAA